AGAAGAUUCAUUGUUCCACAAUUUUAGAUGAGCGUUUCUGCCCAAGGGCCUUUGAUUUCUGCAUCUGUCUGGUGGUGGUGCCCGAACAACCCUAGUCACUGACGUCCAGUCGGUGGGAGGUUAUCAGCAGGGUUACCACCCAGUCACCGUGCUGUAACCACCUCAGCACUUGACCAUCUUUGUGCGGUGCAGUGCAGUUCACUCACAAACAGUAUUUACUAAUCGCAAACCACCACAACUCAAAGCGACGCUGUUCUCCUUCACUCACCCGCCGAUCUUCGUAUCCAACGAAGACCAUCACCUACUGUCCGAUCGCCAGGAAUCCUCUCCCCGCCCGCAUCCUCAAACAAGUAACUCCGACGCCCCCGGGAAACCCUCGACCUUGCAGCAACCAGAGUCCGAAAUUGGAUGGGCUAGACUACCUGCGCUUUGCAGGACAAUUGAACCGACCAUCUUGAAGCAAGUGCAAGGAGCCUGCGGUUUGCUCAGUACUAGCAGGGCCCUCGACGAUGGGUUUCCUCGGUGUAUACAAGGCAGUUUACGACUACGAGCCUCAUGGAGAGAAUGAGCUAUCCAUCAAGGAAGGGGACAUUCUCUUUGUGCUAGAAAAGAGCGGAGAGGAUGACUGGUGGAAGGCGAAGAAGAAGGCCUCAGGCGACGAUGAGGAUGAGCCUGUGGGAUUAAUUCCCAAUAAUUAUAUCGAGGAGGUACGUACUCGAGGAUUUUGGACGACCGAGGGACUGCCAAUCCCGCGGCAGCUCCCCACCCUCUCGUGGAAGUUGGCCUGCGUGUAGAAAAUGGAUUAUGAGUUGGGAGUGCUACACCACGAAACUUACUAACCAGAAUACAAGGCCCAUCCUUUAAGCUAUGCUCGAGCCAUCUAUGAUUAUACCAGACAGACGGACGAAGAACUGUCUUUCAGCGAAGACGCCAGGCUUGAGGUCUUUGACACUUCAGACCCGGACUGGAUAUUGGUGGGACUAGAUGGGGAAUACGGGUUCGCGCCUUCAAAUUACAUUGAUUUACAGGAUGCAGACGAACCACCGCCGGCAGCAGUCGCGGCUCCCCCACAACUUCCAAGUCGACCCCCGCAUCCCCAAGUCGAGGAGGAACCUGAUUCUCCAAUCAGCCCAGUCCACAACCCAGCAGCCAAUAUAGCAGGAAUUCUGAUCCAGCAACGACAAUCCUCUGUUUCAGCUGCUAGAGCACCUCCUCAAUUUACUCCUGAAGCUUCUGAUGAAGAUGACCCUCCAACUCCAAUACUACCCUCUCGACCGAUUCCUCAACCUAGGGCACCUGAACCUAUCGAUACUCGUGCAACGAGAAGCUUACCAAUGCAGGGCGUAGCGGCGUCUCCUCCAUACAACAGAGCUGCCCAUGAUAGACAUAUUGAUGAUGAGGUUCAAAUUCAUUCGCCUGGGGGAUUCCAUAUGUAUAAUAUCAAUGAGAUGGUUUCUGUCAUGGGAAAACGGAAGAAGAUGCCAACAACCUUAGGAAUAAAUUCGGCUACAGGAGUGAUUAUGAUUGCACCGGAAAAGUCACGAGAUGGACCCGAACAAACCUGGACUGCGGAAAAAAUGAAACAUUACUCGAUAGAGGGAAAGCAUGUAUUCCUGGAGUUGGUACGACCUAGCAAAAGUGUAGAUUUCCACGCAGGAGCAAAGGAUACAGCCGAAGAAAUUGUUAGUGCUCUUGGAGAUCUUGCUGGGGCAGUCAGAGCCGCCGGAUUAGACGAGAUUAUACGAGCUGGAGCUGGUUCUGGUCAAAAACAGAAGAAAGGACAAGUUCUUUAUGACUUUACGUCUCAGGGAGAUGACGAAGUUUCCGUGACUACCGGAGAUGAGGUUCUAAUAAUUGAUGACACUAAGAGCGAGGACUGGUGGCAAGUAAAACGACUCCGAAAUGGAAAAGAGGGUGUGGUACCAAGCAGCUAUAUUGAAAUUACUGGAACUAUCUCCACUGGUGCUAGCGCCAGCAUUUCCGGUAUCAACGCUGGCCUCUCGUCGAAAGACCAAGCAAGACUUGAAGAAGAGCGAUUAGCGAAGGAGUCUUUGAGAACUGCAAGAAGAGAGGAGGACCGUGGGUCAGAGGUAGGCCCUGGAAUGCGUUUACCUGAGAGAGGGAGUAGUCUGUUGGCACGAGAUAGUAAUAACUUUUCGGCGCAACAGAGAAAACGCGAUAGUCGAACCGAUGUUUCAUCACGCACCUCGAAAUCUAGUAUGUACUUGUUGCCCUUUCACUGAGAGAUACUAACAAAUUCUAGAACCCGAUCCUUCCAAAGUCCGAACGUGGACUGACCGCUCCAAAUCUUUCAGCGUUGAGGCCCAAUUCUUAGCACUGAAAGAUGGCAAGAUAAAUCUUCACAAAAUGAAUGGUGUGAAAAUCGCUGUUCCUGUCGUCAAGAUGUCUGUCGAGGAUUUGGAAUACGUUGAAAGAAAAACAGGCAUUUCACUCGAUGAAGAUAAACCCUUAUCAGAUAUCAAAAGACAGCAAAGCCGUGCCGCCGAUAAAGCUCGACGUUCGUCUGGCUCCCCAGCCGGUGCUACCAUUACACAUAAGCCCGAGUAUGAUUGGUUUGAAUUUUUCCUCAGCUGUGAUGUCGCUGUUGGCCUCUGUCAAAGGUAUGCCCAAGCAUUUAACAAGGAUUCCAUGGAUGAGAGUGUUUUGCCUGAUAUCGAUUCGAACAUCUUACGCAAUGUCGGCUUGAAAGAAGGUGACAUAAUAAAAGUUAUGAGAUUUCUGGACAAGAAGUAUGGCCGUCCAGGAAAGAAAGGUGUCAGUUUUGGGGAUGAGGGCGAAGGCGGUAUCUUUUCUGGCCCCGCAGGUACGUUGAAAAACAAUACUAGCAAGGGACGACCAGCACCUCCUGUACAGACCAAUAAUACUGUGGAUCCAAACGCAUUCUCCCAAGAAUCCGGCGGCAAACCAUCGGAGGGUGUAGCCACGCCACUAGCGAAUGCACCCAAACCUGCUCAACAGGAUCCAAGAAGGGGCGGAUUUGACGAUGAUGCUUGGGACGUAAAGCCAUCAAGUCAGCCACCUCGCUCUUCAUCAGUUCCACCCGUAUCUGCACCUGUCCAGGCACCUGCCUUGACGGGCGCUAUGCAAGAGCUCACUUUACUCGACAAGCCAUUAGAGCCGACAAGAGUUCAACCUGCCCCUCCUCCUCAACCACAAGUAACUCAAGCUCCGCUGCCACUACAAGCGCAAGGUCCGCCACCUGUCACCCCGUCAAUCUUCGCAGGAAUCGGAAACCAGCAAACCGGUCUACCACAACAGCAAACUGGUAUGUCACAGCCUACUGGUCUUCUCAAUCAGAACCAAUUUACUCAAAAUGGCGGCGCGGGUAUUGCCCGCCCAAGGCCUACUCCGGGUCAAUACCAAACCCAAAACCAACCUGGCCUAAUGUUACCUCCUCCGCCAGGUCGUCCAUUAUCAGCACCUCAAGCCCAAAGUGCCUUCUCGCUUCCACCAUUACAAGCCCAAAGCACCGGGUUUCAAAAUCAAAUCGCUCCCCCAGGGCAAAGUUUGGCUGAGAUACAGAUGCGUCAGCAGCAGCAGAACAUGCUCCAGCAACAGCAGAAUAUGCAGCAGAAUAACAUGGGUAUGAUGAACCCAAACUUCAACCAAUUCAACCCUGGAGCGCAGAAUGGGUUUCAAUAUCCUAUGGCAACAGGUAUGCCACAGCAGCAACAAGGUUUCAUGAACAAUGGAGCAUCACCAUUUGCUGAUCCACGACAACAACAACAACCUCUCCAGCAACAGCCUACCGGAUUUCAAAGCUCAUUUCCUCAACAACAAUUUCCCCAAGCUACUGGAAUCAAUUCUUUCUUGCCACCCCCAUUACAACCCACCCCAACAGGAGCACCACAACAGCAGAAUGGGUUCAAUUCUUUCAAUGCCCCGCCAAUGCCCCCUAUGCCUCAACAACAAACUGCAGCGCCUUUAAUUCCUCAGAAGACCGGACCACCUCCACCUGUUAGAUUUGGGGUGUCGGGAGACACGAAGAAACUUAUGCCACAAGCUACGGGGCGUCGGGCGAAUCUGUCUCAAGCGAGUAAGUAUUAUCCAUACUGCAUCAAUGACUUGGUAAAGUAUGUUCUGACUAAUCUUCUUCUCUAGCACCGCAAAAUCCUUUUGGCUUCUAAUUAUUGGAAUGGGCUGUGUUGUUUAUAUUUCUCACCUCUCGUAUCCAUAUUAAAUAAACGAGCGGUCGGGUGGGCGGACGGGCAAGCAGACAAGCGGACUGGAAACUGGAAACUACUCGUAUCACCUGUAGAAUAAGCGCGAGACUAGUUAGUUAGGCAUUGCUUUCUUAAUCUGGCCAGGCCGGGUUUCUAGAUAGUUCUCAUACGGGGGAAGGAAGCUGCCUUGUGCUGAUGAGGAAUGGACGAUCUUUGACAAAUAUCCUUCUUCUUGUUUAAUUAUACCCUUUUUUUUAAAUGAUUUUCUCUUGGUCUCUUUUUUUGGUUUUUGGGUACUGUAUUGUGGAUUUUUUUU